CGGGAAGGUGCGGGCGCUUCCGGGUGCCGCCGCUCGUCCCGUCGGCCACGCCGCGUCCCGCCCGCAGCCUCGCAGCCCCGCAGCCCCGGCCGCCCCGAGCCCCUCCGCCCCCUCCUCACCUGUCUCCGCGCUGGGCGAUGCUGCCGCGGGGCUCCCGAGGGCCGCUGCCGCCCUUGUUGCUGGUGUGGGCGCUGGCGGCCUGCGCGGCGCGGGCCUCCGAGAUCACAUUCGAGCUGCCCGACAACGCCAAGCAGUGCUUCUACGAGGAGAUCGCCCAGGGCACCAAGUGCACCCUCGAAUUCCAGGUGAUCACUGGAGGUCAUUAUGAUGUUGACUGUCGGUUGGAAGAUCCCGAUGGUCUUGUACUGUACAAAGAGAUGAAGAAACAAUAUGAUAGCUUCACAUUUACUGCAUCCAGGAAUGGAACAUACAAGUUCUGCUUCAGCAACGAGUUCUCUACUUUCACACACAAAACUGUGUACUUCGAUUUCCAGGUUGGAGAAGAUCCACCACUGUUUCCUAGUGAGAACAGAGUAACUGCGCUUACCCAGAUGGAGUCUGCGUGCGUUUCAAUUCACGAAGCUUUGAAGUCUGUCAUCGACUAUCAGACUCACUUCCGCUUGAGGGAAGCACAGGGCCGCAGCAGAGCAGAGGAUUUAAACACAAGGGUGGCCUACUGGUCCAUAGGGGAAGCAAUCAUCCUUCUUGUUGUUAGUAUUGGGCAGGUAUUUCUCCUUAAAAGUUUCUUCUCAGAUAAAAGAACCACAACAACGCGCGUUGGAUCGUAACCAGUAACGGCAAUGCUUCAGGUGUGUUACUUGUUAAGAUUAGCGGUUCUCCAGUUUAACUGUAGGUACAGAGGUCUGAAUAUGCAACAUUCAAAUGUGUAUACUCCUCAUCUCUUAAAAAUCACAAAACAGACCCAAAAAGUUAUGAAAGGGACACAUAAUCUGAAAUAUUUUUAAGGAUCCUUUGGAACUUAAGUGUUUUAAUUCCUAUAAUAAAAUACCUGGCAGUGUUUAGUCUCUCUUUAUUUCUACUGAUACUAAUCCAAACCAGGUUUGAUUUUUACCAGUACAAUUAGCCAUCUGCAGUGUAACACUUUAAAGUAACCCAACAGUCUAGUGUCUGAUAAAAGAGAGUAUAUAUAUGAAAAUCUCAUUUCAUUUUAAUUUUCAGGAUGAAUAUCUUGGAUUAUAAACAAGAAAAUGUGAUUAACUGUAGUGCACUGUUUUGAUUUGCUGUUUAAAAAAAAUGGAAUUAUACCCCUUGCUUUUUUGUAAAAUUUUUGAAAGCUUGGCACUACAUUGUGGUACACAUCUUUAUCAACCUGGAAAGUCUUCAGAAUUUGCUGAAUUUUAUACUUCAUUAUGAUUGCUUAAACAUACAUUCUUCUGUAUUAAAAUAAAUACAUUUUCUCUUUUGCAA